GACGAUGUAUGGAUGUCACGGCGUCAAUAAAUCCUGAGGAUAAAUUGCGUAUAGUCAACUGUUAGCUUCCAUGCUAAUUUAUUUCGGAGCGACACAAAAUGGCUGGCUUUAGGACCGCCUGCAUCAGCUGGCAUCAUUCGCGCAAGUUGACUAGGCUAACAUAACAUUGUUGUGGUUUUACUCUAUUAAACAAAUAAGUUGCACACUCGCCUGGAAAGGAAACAUGGAAAUGACUCCCCACGCUAUUCCUUGUCCGAUGAAGUGGUUCGUUUUGACGGCCAGUGUAUGUAUGUGGCUGUCCGGCGGGCGGCGCUAGGACCAUGAUGACGACAUUUACAUCGAGCCAAAAGUGAAACUGCCUCUGUGUCUGCUGCUCUUCUAAUUGUAUGGACCUACUCCCCAUCUGCCAUUUUUUCCCGAAUGGAAUCCCUUUGGACUUAAAGAACUGUUCUCUAUUGUGAAUCAAAUGCAUCGCCCUCCUGUACAAUCAUACACUCCAUAUUUAGUGCACUUGUUUCCAUCUGCAUUGUCAUGGCUCAGCACGACCCCGCACGGGCGACCGGCUUUCCAUGCGAACAGUGUGGGCUGGCGUUUCCCAACAUGCCCGCUCUACUUGAGCACAUGGACACUCACCUGGACCAAGAUGAGGAGCGCAAAUACAAAUGCGAUGUAUGUGGGCGCGGAUACAGACACGCCGGUAGCCUCACUAACCACAAAAAGGCUCAUGACGUGGGGUCCUUUCAGUGCAGCGUAUGUGGCAAGGACAACCCUAACGCUUUGGCUUUGAAAAACCACAUGCGUAGUCACACAUCACAGAAAAAGUAUGCCUGCUUAGAAUGCGGGAAAGCCUUUCGCCUGGCGACGCAACUUGCCACACAUGAGAGGGUUCACCUCGUCUUGCAAGAAAAGUGUGAAGAUGUAGAGAAUGAAAACUCUGAUAGUGAAGACAAGACAGAGGUGUUUAAUCCGCCAUGUGACACCACUGACGACGGCGAUGGCGAUGGCGACCGACCUUUCAAAUGCGAUCUGUGUGACAAAACCUACAUCCACCAUCGCAGCUUGAGCAACCACAAGAAGACACAUCAAGUGGGAAUGUUUGAGUGCACCGUGUGUUUCAAACUGUUCAACAACAUGGCUGCACUCUACAACCACCAGAGGACUCACAAGGUCAGAAACGGCAGCAAUAGCGACUCAGUGUCUGACCUCUACACCAAUUCCACAAUGGAGCAGUUUUCUCCUCAGAGUCACAAUGCUCCUGUCAAUUUCUGCCAUUUAUGUCAGGUUCUGUUUCCAAGCGAUGAAGAGUUCCAGGAGCACAUCCAAAUGCAUAACUCAUCAUCCACAUCAUUUGGGCUGCCAGGUAAUGCGGCAGAGAGCCAGGAUGUGACGUAUGACAGCACGUCUAAAUCAAGCUAUUUUGCACAUCCUAUAACUAAUCCUUCCUUGUCACUAGUAGAUAAGAGUCAAGGUUUUAAUGGCCUCAUGUAUUCAGACUGCGCCGAUAUUUCAGCACCUCAGGGAGAACCCUCACUCACGAGUGAUGAUGUUCCCGCUCUGGCACUGAAUGUAUCUGACUCAAAUGCUGUUGAUUCUGCCGAGCGUCCCUUCAGGUGUCAGAUCUGCGGCAAAAGCUACCGCCACUCCGGAAGUCUCAUCAACCACAAAAGGUCACAUCAGGUCGGGAUUUACCACUGCUCAGUCUGCAAGAAGAGCUACCCUCACCUGGCUGCACUCAAAAGUCAUCUUCGCCUCCAUAAAGGUCAGAAAUCCUUGGGCCUCAACGGGGAUGAGGAUUGGCUCUCCUUAGAACCCUUCACUCUGGACGACCAGCAGGGAUUCUUCCCCUCACAGGAAGUGAAAGAAGAAGCCCCCGCAAGCCUGGGUGUCGAUCAGGAGAACGAGGCCAUUUAUAGCGAGCCUUUUAAUCAGGAAUUACCUCCGGAUAUGAGCGCACAGCUACCUCACAGUGAGCACUUGAUGCAGAGGCACAUGUGUGCUGACUGCGGUGAGACGUUUGCAGACAUCGCUGGGAUUAUCGCUCACAGUUGCCCUUUACUGCAACAAGCAGACACCAAGGGGACCUUCCAGGACAGCGCGGGUAUGUCAUUUCAUGGACAGAACGAUGCCAAUCAUCAGGGUUACUUUGAGCAAGAAAGUAUGAGCAACGACCGGCUGAAUGGUGACGAAGAAGAUGACGGUGAUCUUUACCAGUGCUCUAUUUGUGGGAACAGCUACAGCAGCAUGAGGGCCCUCAGGAGCCAUCUCCGAGGACACACUCAAUCCCAGUGCACUGCCGCCACCAGCUCAGGGCCCUCGUCCAUGUCUUCCCAUGACGAGGCGAGAGAGGACGAGUCAGAGGAAAUGAUGAUCUGCAGCACCUGUGGAGAAAGCUUUGCAAGCAGACAGGACUUACUCACGCAUCAGGUCGUGCACAUCAAAACCUCAGAGGACAUAAUCAGUAAGCAUGACGAGCCAGGAGGUGAGGAGGAAGCGGAGAGCAUCAUCUGUGGUAGCUGUGGCAUCUUUUGCAGCAGCUACCAUCACCUGGAGAACCACAACUGCACAGCUAAGAGGAAAGAGGAAGCAACAGCAAAUAUUAAGGAAGAGGAUUUAAAAGCAAAAGAUGUACAAGAAGACAGGAGCAAGGAGGUUUCAAGGGAUCGUCGGCACAGGUGUGAUCAGUGCGGCCGCUCGUACAGACACGCCGGCUCCCUCCUGAACCACAAAAAAUCGCACAAGACUGGCGUGUUCAAGUGCCACAUCUGCCAGAAGCGCUUCUACAACCUGCUUGCUCUUAAAAACCACCAGAGGUCCCACUUUGAUGUCAAGAGGCACACUUGUCACGAGUGCGGCAAAGCCUUUAAAAUCCAGAAGCAGCUUUUGAACCACCUCAGGAGGCAUAAGGAGAACCGGGCCAAGAUCCAAGAACUGAAUGACCAAAUUCAGGCCCUGAUGCAGUUGAACAGGACCGGGUUUGAGGACGAUGCCAGAGAAAGGCAGGAACUAAAGAGACCGGAUGUCGGAGUCAAAUCAGAGGACAUGGGUGACCGGCGACCGUUUGCAUGUGAGCAGUGUGGGCGCACGUAUCGCCACGCAGGAAGUCUGGUCAACCACAGGAAGUCCCAUAAAACAGGCCAGUAUUACUGUUCUGUUUGCAACAAGGCUUACUCCAAUCAGCUGGCAAUGAAGAACCACUUACGCACACACUUCGCCAAUAGAAAGCUUUCUUGCCAAAAGUGCGGGAGAGGCUUCAGAGGUAAGAAGCAGCUGUCAGCCCACAUUUGUGCAGACUCCCGAAAAGGCGGGAGGCGGAGCUCGAGGCAGAGAGCUUCGAAGUGCAAACAAUGUAAACAGACAUUUCCUACUGCUGACCAACUGGCGGCCCACACCUGCGGCAGAUCUCCGCGAAGCGGUGUUGGACAAGCAAAUGGUAAAGAGGAGCGGGCGUUCACGUGCAACAUAUGCGAACGCAGCUAUCGCCACGCAGGCAGCCUUCUCAACCACAAGAACACCCACAAGACGGGACACUUCACCUGCACCUUCUGCUCCAAGCCCUUCACCAACCCUAUGGCGCUGCGCAAUCACACACGCAUCCACACGCAGAAGAAGAAGUACACGUGUGUCACAUGUGGGAAGGCCUUCCGUCUGGCCAGCAUCCUGCACAACCAUCAGAAGGUGCACGUCCGAGCGGACGGACACUUCAGCUGCUCGGCGUGCGGGAAGAGCUUCCAGGGAAGGUCGGGCCUUAAGAGGCACCGAUGCAGGAGAGGUGAGGCAAGCAGCAGCGUCCAGCAAGGAGAGAACGCGGACAAGUGCUUCACGUGUGACCUCUGCGGCCGCUCCUACCGCCACGCCGGCUCCCUCCUCAACCACAAAAAGACGCACUCAGAAAACCUCCACCACUGCGCCUUGUGCCUGCAGACGUUCCCGGACCCCCUCACGCUGCAGAUCCACUCCCAGAUGAGGCGCCAUUGCUGCCCGGACUGCGGCAAGACCUUUUGUCUGGUCUCGCACCUGCAGAGCCACAUGGAGACGCACUCCAAGGUGUGCUCCGGGCGCCACGCAGCCGAGGGAGAGCCUGAAGAAUAUGGCUGGGACUUGGAGGCUUCCAAGGAGGUCCCGCCGCCUUUAUCCCAUCUCCCCGAAAGCGAGGCGGCAGAGAAGGAGAAGAGCCACGUGUGCGAGCACUGCGGUCGCACUUACCGCCACGCCGGCUCUCUCCUCAACCACAAGAACAGCCACAAGACGGGCUCCUUCUCCUGCGCCGUGUGCUUCAAGGAGUUCACCAACCUGAUGGCCCUCAAGAACCAUCGGCGCAUUCACACAGAGCCCAAACGCUACCAGUGUCUGGAGUGUGGGAAGGCGUUCCGCGUGUCCACGCAGCUCAUCUGUCACCGCAGGAUCCACAGCAAAGAAAGACCAUUUAGCUGCUUGCUGUGCGACAAGAGCUUCUCCAGCAAGUCCAACCUGAGGCACCAUGAGAAGAUGCACCAGAACCAGCAGUCCUUUGACUCCGCCUCUUUUAGCUGGGACGCUAACACCUUCAUGGGCUUGGACAUGAUGGGCUCCUUCCUUUGAGCAACAUUUUACCUCCGAUUAUUUCAAGCAGGACUUUCGGACCUAAAAGAAACUCUUAACGUCAAAUACCUCCUCGUUGGUUGUUGGAAAACUCCUAAAUAGCUCUUCUAGUACUACUACUACUAACAUUACCCUUCAAGUCCAUGGUUCUAUGCUAAAAGCAUCUUCUUUAUUUAUCUACUGUACUUGUAUGUGUGUGGAAGUAGGAGGACUCUAUGAAUGUUGUCUUCUGUAGCUUUUGACAAAUUGAAUGGCAGGAAUGAACACAAACAAAACAAAACAAGAAGUCUGUCCUUUUUAUCCAUAGUAGCAAAGCAAGAGUCAUAUUUUUUUGGAUGAGCCAUCAGAAGUUACAUUGGUGCAUUUACUUGUUUUCUUGAGUUUUCCCUGUCAGAGCGAGCACUUCAUUGAUGUAAGACGACUAAAAUGAGCUAAUGUCAUUUAUUUGUUUUUAACUUUCGGGGUUUGUCUUUUUAAGUUAACAACUAGUUUUUUUUUUUCAUUUUGAACUGACUUCUCGGUACACUCAAAUGUAGUACUUUUGUACUACCUGACCAAGUGUCAUGUACAUUUUUUAAUAUGUUUAAGGAACUGUUGAGGUGUUAUUGUGUAAAAGUUGACUGUACUAAACUUCACACAAUACAGUGGCUGUAGAAUAUAAACACACCCUUAAAAAACAUGUUUUGGUAUUAUUGAAAUAGAAAUAAAUAUUACAUCAUUGAAAUAUUUUUUUAAAUAUUGUUGUAGACAUUUAAAUUAAAAUAGGCAUAGAAUUAAAAAAAAUGUCAUAUUUGAAAAUGUUACGAACUAUAACUGCUACAUUUCUAUUUAAAUUGGUGCUGUCAAAUGAUACACGUUUUUAUUCAGAUUAAUCACAAUUGAAAUGGGAUUAAUCAUGAUUAAUCAUAGGUCUAAAUUUAAAUGAACUAAAAAAAAAGAAAGAGCCCAAUAUUUGGACACAAAUGCAAUUUUAUUAUCAGAAUCAAACCUAGGAACAAUUUUAAAUGUGUUAUUGGAUAUUUAGAAAAAAAAAAAAAAACUUGGUUAGAAUUUUAUCCAAAGUACAGUCAGGGUAUAUUUUGAAGUGAAAUUUGCCAGCGAGUACAACAGUCGAUGUGUCUUUAAUAAUUUUUGCGCUAAUGUCUUGACCAGGGGCCUCAUGUGUUGAGUGGCUUUCAUACAAAAAAUUGACAUACGUUCAAAUCCAGAAAACUACAAAAGCAAGAAAAAAAGUACGUGAAAGCACAAAUCCAAGCAUAUUUCUUUGUUUCGUCGCAAUCAAUGUGGUAUUGAUUGGUAUUGAUUAUGCAAAUCAUAAUGAAACUAACCAUGUGCCUGGGAUGUGCACGCUCUGCCCAGUCAAAAUUCAGUAGGAGGUGCUUUUUUUCUCAUGUUUCGAGCGAAGGAAAGAGGGUUGAGCGGAAAAGCGUGUGUGAGGCUGUCGAUGAGUCAGAGAACUGCACACAGGAACAAAUAAGAAAUAUGUGGUACAACAUCAACAAGAUGCAUUUGCAUGGCCAACACAGGCGAGUGUAGCGGAGAUAAAAUAGUCUUGCAGCAGUUUAAAUGGUCGCUGCGAUGAUACGUAAAACUGUAGAAGAGGGCAAGUGACUCUGAUCACCCCCGAUUUACAUCUGAUUUGUGUAACUUACAACAAAAUGUGUUAAUUGUCACGACCCACCUGAGAUAGGUAGGUUGUGAGUUCAAAUCCCGGCCAAGUCAUACCAAAUACUAUAAAAAAUGGGACCCAUUACCUCCCUGCUUGGCACUCAGCAUUAAGGGUUGGAAUUGGGGGUUAAAUCACCAAAAAAUUAUUCCCGAGCGCGGCCACCGAUUCUGCUCACUGCUCCCCUCACCUCCCAGGGGGUGAACGUGGGAAUGGGUCAAAUGCAGAGGAUACUUUCAGCACACCUAAUGUGUGUGUGUGUGUGUGUGUGUGUGUGAGAGAGACUAUCGUUGGUACUUCAACUUGCUUGAUUAUUCAAUUUAUUAUUAAAACGCAGGAGAGCUUCUUGCAGUAGCAGCCACCUGACACAAAGCUAAAUGAAUAGACGUCCUCACGAAUACUUAUUUGAAGCAUUGAAUGCAUUGGUGAAUAAGUGAAUUUAGGUCCUUGCCUAGAUCUUUUUUUACGUUGUAGUCAAAGGCUGGAGGACCACGUCUGUGUGGGACCACAGUGUGCCUGCAUGUGGAAAUGUGCGUAAGUGAAGCGUGAAGUUGGCAUUUCCACGUCAAGUUCACUCUCGAUACAUUUCAACUUUGCAGCGAAAAAAGGUUUACGGCAGGUUUUUGGGCGUGCGCAAGCUUAAUACAUGAGGCCCCUGAUCACUGAGCGGCUGUACAUCUUCCCUCAGCCUUUCAGGUAACUAAGAGGAGUUUUUGUGGUCCAAAUAGAUUUCCUGAUCAAUAAAUACGUGAUAGUUUUGUGUGAUUAAACACAAGUAAAAUUGUUGUUUUUGACUGCGCUAAUUUAAAUGUGUACACUGUAUAUAAACACAGUGGUGUGCUCGCUUUAUGUACUUUUUUGUCUUAACAAUUAUGUUCUUGACCCAAAUGCAAGACGACUAUUUUUCAAUGACAUUUAUUUGAAUUGUUAUCAAAAAAAAAACUGACUCGUUCAGCACCCCCCUCGUUGAAUGAAUCUAUACCGGAUACAAAAUGACUCAUCUUUAUCAGACUAUUUUUCUCAGGCAAAAACUGCGUCUUACGUUGGGGUCCGUAGGACAUUUCCCGCAUGGAUAUUUCAAAGCACAAGUAAGACCAACCUGAGAAAGAUGUGCAGUUAUUGGCGUUUGUGCCUCGACAACUAUUUUUUUUUCCAACAUAUUUUCUGCCUUAUAUUUGCCAGUACUUGUACAUAUGAAAUACCUCGUUGUAGGCUGUAUUGUAGUACAGUAUAGUAGUAAGACACUGUCCACAGAGCAGUUUGCAGCCGGAUUGUUUUGCACCGUUGGUGGAGGCCAGUAGAGAAAUAAUGCAGCCGACAUGACUUUUUUGUUAGCUCUUCUACUGCAGUGAUACGGUCAAAGUAUUCAAGACUGUUGUUUUUACUAUUAUUUGUCAUCUGAGUGUCAUUCGAAUUCACCUUGGUAGCCUACUUGCAAAGCAACAAAUGCACAUUAAAACUAAUAAUUAGUUUAUUUUUGCUUUAAUGUAUCCCACACCUGUUAUUGUUUUGACAGGGCAAUACAGUGAAGUACCCACUUGACGGUUGUGCAUUUAAAACAAGUGAUAGUAAAGUCUCGUAAAAAAAAAAGACAAAAAAAUGGAUUUUGCUCAGUAUUGAAGUCAUAUUUCUAUACUAUUUUGUCACUGAAGUGUAGAUUUCUACGUCAUUUAGAAUCUAAGCUAGGACAUAAUGAAUAAAAGACUGCAAAGAAGUGUCUCUUGUUGAUAUUUGCCCCAACCCCCUCCAUUCAUACUUAAAACAAACAUGGUUGACACUUUUAUUGUGAAAAUACAUUUGGUACUAAAAGCAAUAGUAGGUCAAACAAGCCAGUGCAUGUACAGUACUUUAUAUACAUUUAGAAAUGGCAACACAGAGAGUGUUAGGAAGAAGGCGUUAGUACAAAAUCACAGCGAGCUGGGCUGUAACAAAAUGGAAUCUUCGCUGGAAGUCCGUCCCUUCAUUGAAAUGUGCUGACAAUGCACAUGAGAAUAUUCAUAACAAUGUAGUGUCAAUUCCAGAACCUUUUGUGCAGACCGUAGAAGAGACAACAAAAGAGCAUCAGGCCCUUACUGACAAAAACAAAAGGAGACAAAAUGUAGCAGUCCCCAACUUCUCCCUUAGGUACAGCGGCCACAUUCUUAAUUCUUCAUUUCAGUUCACUCACUUGACUAUCCUUAAUAUUAUUUUGGCAUUAUUAAAAUGUUUUGUCCUCA